CACGAUGCUCUGGUUGUCAAAGACUCACUUUUGAAUUAAGCAUUUUCAUACACAUAAUUAUGUCAAGCACAAUGGGUCCAAAUGCUCGACUUCACAGAGUAUCAGAAAUUAAAGAAUGUGAAAAUCAAUCAAAAUUUGUUAAUCAACGUGUUCAUGAAAUUGAAACAUUUUUUGGUAAUUUAUGCUCUGAACUUGUUAGUUAUACAAGACGUACAUCUAAAUUAAGAAAUAAUGGUGAUGAAAUUGCACGUAUUCUAUUAGAUUAUUCAAAUAAAGAACAAAUUAAUCAUACUACAUCAAAUGCUUUAAGAAAAGUAUCCGAAUAUUUUGUUACCCUUGAAGAUUAUCGUAAUACUGAAAUUGAUCGAAUUGUUGGUAAAGUUGUUAAUCCAUUAGCUGCUUAUGGUGAAGAAAUUAAACAUAUCAAAAAUAGUUUAAAAGCUGAAAGUGCAGCACGUAGAAGAGAAAUAAUAAAUAUGCGUAAAUUGGAAAGAUCUAAUACAAUACAAUCAUCUAGAGAGGCUGAAAUACAAUUACACAAUGCAAUGAUUGAUGCUACUAGAAGUGCAAAUAAUUUAGAACGUUGUGUACUUGAUUUUGAAGGUCGUCGAUUAAAAGGUUUAAAAAGAAUUAUAACAGAUUUUAUUCAAAUUGAAAUGUUAUGGCAUGCUAAAGCAUUGGAAACACUGACUUCAGCUUACAAUGCAAUCCAGUUAUUACAUGAAGAAGCAGAUCUAAUUGAAUUUCGUGGUACACUAUUACGUUCUGGAAGUAAUUUAACUGUGUUAAAUACUAACAAUAAUCUUCCAAUCAGUCAACAAAGUUUAACGAUUGGUGAUCAAUCGUCACCAAUGAUUUCUCCGCCAGUAUCAAUAAGAGAUCAUCGAUCUUAUCGGCCGUCAUCAUCUGUACAUAGUUCAAUGAAUUCAAUGAAAACUGGUAGUCGUUGUAGUUUAACAUCAUUAGGUCGUAAUAAGAAAAAGAAUCAACAAUUACAAGGUCAAACACAACAACAACAACAACACGAUCAACUGUCAUACUCCCAACAGCUACAUCAACAAAGACAAAAUUCCGGCAUAUCACAUCAUGUAAAUCUUUAUGUUGCAGCUACCUUUAUCACUCAUAUAUUAUUAUAACACAUAAAUAUGUUAUAUUAUUUACACAACAAGUUAAUAUUCAGUCAACCGUUUCAUUGAUUAAGAUUAUUAGGACAUGUGUUACACAUGCUUAAUCAUUGUCUACUUCAAAGAGAAAUAUUAGCUGGCGUAUAGGAGUAAGUUUGAAGGAAGCUAUGAGUGGCCAAACUGAAAUAUAGCUAUCAGUUCAGGAAAUCACUGACUGUUAGCUUUAGUCAUGUAGGUCGUUGUAGAUGACCUGGUUAGGAUGUGAACGACCAGUUGGAUAUUAUGACAUAAUAUUAUUUUCAAGGUUGAAUUACUAACAUUUAAACAGUUCUGAUUGAGAUCAUGAAUCGUUUGAUGUUAGACCACCCUUGAAAACCAGGAAGUACUGAACAGUCGUUUCGUGCUAGUAUGGGGCUCCUCAGCUGAGUGUUCCACAGAUUAGGGUUGUUUGUGUGCGGGAUCGCGGAUGCGCAUUGCUGAGAAGUCCCAUACUAGGACAAAACAGCCGUCAAACAGUGCUUCCAGGUUUUUAAUAGUGGUCUACCAUUGACCUAUUCAUGAUCUCAAUCAAAACUGCUCAAUCUCCACAACCCUAUAUUGAUAUUGAAACAGUUCAACUAUGAAUUUCAUUACGAGUUGAAAUAAAAUAAUAAAGUGUUGGAAACUGGUUAUUAUGAGGUAGCUUUUUGUUCUAAUGUUAAACUGACGAAAAACAACUGCGCUCAAACCAACCAGGAAUAGAACCUAUUAAUGAAGUUGCUAUAUUACUGUAGGUAAGUAAUUGAUUUCUACAAUCGAUUUCUUCACUAAAUACUAUAUGUUGACGACCAAGUUGGAUCUCAUUUCUUACUAAUGCAACUCAUUACAUUGAACUUAACUCCAUUGAAUAUUGACAGUUUCAUUUCGUUUGAAAUGACUAAUUAAACUUUCAUAGAUGUUUAUCUUAGUUCACGAGAUAAGAAUAAUAUUCGACACUAAUCUAAUAUAUUAAUGGUUGAAUUCAUGAGUCAGUCUAAACUAGAUCACGAUGGAAAACCUGGAAGCAGUGGACGGCCAUCUCUUCCUGGUAUGGCACUCCUCAGAAGUGUGCGUCCACGAUCCCACCUCGCGAGAUCCGAACCCAGGACCUAUCGGUCACGCGCGUGAACGCUUAACCUCUAGACCACUGAGCUGUCAUCUAGCGGUAUUAAUAUCUAACUUCAACCAAUCUAAUAACUAAUGUCAGUUGAAUAACGAUUGAAAAGAUCUUAAGGGUAGUGAAUUAUUGCUCUUGUUUUCUUAUAAAACAUGUCAAUAUUAACGAUUGAUUAAUUUGUAUUCGGAAAUAACAGUUUCAUGGACAAUAGCCUUGUCGAAAUAUAAUAGUUUUUUUCUAGUUGUUUUCUCCAUUUAAUCACUUCUCGAUAUUUACACCGGUUCUAUCUAACAUCAAAACUUAGUUUACUCAAUUUUGAGUAAAUUCGACUGGUGAUGACAUUGAAACAUGAGUGACAGACAUUGAUCAACUCAGUGGGGUGAACAAACAUAAUAUUUGAUUACUGCAAGCUAAAUAGGUAAUCAAAACAUCUCAGUCCUACAGGAAGUCAAUCACUAUAUGAAUACAAUAAUGGUAACCCUUUUAACUCUGUCACUGAGAAAAUGCGUGUUCAACAUCCUUGAGGAUCAUCAGUCCCCUCAAGACCUCAUAUUACAUCAUCUUGAUGAGAAGCGAACUGCAUAAAACUUAGAUUCUAUUGUAAAACACGUUCCACGAUAUCAACGGAAGGCAUUAAAUGAAUAUUUUCGGAUAGGAUGUUCAACUAAUUUUUCCUAACUAGUUUCAUUCUACACAAUCAAUCAUCCGAAUUCAUGAUAUAUACUUUGUUUACAUAUUUGAUCAAAAACAUUUCAGUUUUUUAUUGUAUUAUUAUUUCAUGUUCUGUUUCCGAACUUUUUUCGUUUACAAUCAUUUAUCUGAACGGAAAUACUAAAACAGAAUGAUGAUGUAACAAGUCUAUUUACUGAAGGAGACGAUGAUGUUGACAGUAACCAUAAUGUUCGAGAUAAAGUAGAUAAUGGAAAUACUGUAAAUGGUUUACAAGAUCUUGAAGAUGAUGAUGAUGAUGAGGAUUUUGAGGAAGAAGAUAACACAGAAAAUGAUGAUGAUUCUGAAGAAGAUGAAGACGGUGAAUAUAUGAUAGAUAAUACUAAUCGUUCACCAACACGAAUAUUUAAUAAUUCUGUAUCAUCCCCCGCUGCAAAUAGAAUAUCUGGAUCUACACAACAUUCUCCAUUGAAAUCUGCAUUAAAAACUGGAAUAUCUAAAUUAUGAUAAUAUGAUAUUUUGUUUUCUAUUUUGUUAGUAGUAAAUUUAUCUUUUCAUAAUUAUUCAUCCAUAUAUUAGUUCUCUUUAAUAAAACAACAAAUUGUCUGUAUAUGUAUAACAAAGCAACAGAUUGUCUGAACAACUGCACAUAUUUUUUUCCAUAGAAUUCACUGUUCUUGUAUUGAAUAUUAGUCGUUUUAUUUUAAUUUACUACACAUUAUAUCACACUAUAUCAUUCAUUACUUCUCGAAAACUUUUACUUAUCUAUGUAUAUUACUUAUUUCUUAAAAACGUAGUAUAACUGUGUUGCACACAAUUUAUUAUCACAUCUAUCUCGUUUUUAGAUUUGAUUUCAUGUUUUUAGGUUUUUUUUAAAAUGCAAAAUUGAUAAUGAUAAUAAUUUAGUGAUAAUAUGUUCUUUAUAAAGUCUAUGAUUUUUCGUGGUUUUCUGUUAAAUACUUAGUUAUGGUCAAUUUUCUUUUGUACAGAAAUCUUUCAAAAUGUGUGUUAUUCGUUGAAUUUCUUAGUUUGUAAAUUCAGAUAAUCAGUAAUAUAUACAUAAUGUCAAACUGUGAAUGUGUUCUUUGAAGUGUAUUUAAUGCCUAUCAUCAAUCCUGUCUUUAUUGACAUGUUCUUUUUGGUGUUAUACAGAAAAAAAACAUGAUGGGUGUUUUGAUAUUAGAAAAGAAAUACAUUACUGAAUCCAGAUGUUUCUUCUGUACGCUUAGCUCCGGUUCCUUCAUCCUGAUGGAUACUUCCUCCGCCGUUUGAAGGACUUUAAUCCUGACAAGCUUUGGCAAAAAAAUACUGACCCUAUA